AACGAACUGUGGGGUGGGGUGCACAGCAGCAAGAGGGUAUGCUGUGCAUAUCUAUGCUGUUUGUCCAUCAGUGAAUGCAUUCGUUGCGAUGGAUCGAUCCGUCGUGUCCAAUGCGCAAAGCUCCAUGACAAUUAAUCACACACAAACACACACACUCACCGACACGCCCGUCAUCGAUCGAAUCGAUCGGGAAGAUCCACCUAUGUACCCAGCUAGUCGCACGCACACACACACAUGGCACAUGAAUGGCCUGUGAGCGCUACAGAUGCACCGUACAGACACAAAAGCUAUUCAACACACUACGCAGGUGCGAUUCAGCCACGCUGACAGACAGGCACGGAGACAACAAAUGGCCAAUGCGCCAAUUGAUUGCAGGUAGGUGUGGAGAGAAAUGCGCUCUUUAGAUAACAGCAAACACGGACACGCAGGCAUGCGGAGAGAGACACACAAGUAAAUAAACAGACACACACAUACAUACACGUGACGCUAUAAUGGUGCUGGCAAUGAGCACGAUUUGUCUUGGCUGCUCCAGCAACAGCCGCGAGAUAUACUGCAAGCAAGCAUUCAUUAGCUGAUCAAGGAGAACUGUGUGUCAUCUUGACUGACUGACCAUUCUUGUGAGUCGAUGCCCUUGUAGCCACAUUCCUGCCUGUGUGUGUCGGACAGACACAGAGAUAGACGCACAUUCCAUUCCGUGUGCCGUGCCCGGAUGGAUCAGGUGUCUCUUCACUCACUCACUAACCGCUUGUUGCCCUUGUCCUUCAUGUGCUUGCACGUGUCUGCCGCAUGGAAGCACCACGGCACACCCGCCUCGCCAGUCUCGUGCCAACACGCACCCUAACCAAUCGACACACACACACACAGAUGGACGCGGCAACCAAUUGAGGAGUUGGUUGAGGAGCUUCCACGCCAGCCACACAAGCAAGUACUUACUUACCUGGCCGAGGCAUUCAUUCUUCUGUAUGCCGUCCCACCCCGCAUCCACCUGGCCCUUCCCCGAACCACACCGGCCGUCAUCACUCGUGCGGGGCCGAAAACACCACGGCACGUCUCUCUUUGUGCUGCCAUCCGGUGGUCUGAAGCAGCAGCCGAGUUGGUGGCACUGCUGUUGUGUGACGAAGGGCGUGUCGCUGGCGCAGUCCUGUCUGUGUGAGUCGUCCGAGUGGCUGGUGCACAUGGCGCCCAUGCUGGAGCACCACGGUGAGAGCAGCGGUGGGCUGCUGUGGCUCUUGGAAGUCUUGUGGUGCUUUGUGACGGCCUCGACGCGGUAGUAUACACAGCUGUUGAUCGGCGAGUGCCUACAACAUGCACACAAACAGGUACACAGACGGGGGAGGGCGUGUGUGUGUGUGUGUGUGUGUUGGGGGGGGGGUCGGGGAGUGUUGGUUUGCACACUGCACUGUACCUUGUAUCUGCGAGUUCGAGAGAGUGCUCGAAGUGUUUCUUGGCAAUGGUGUCGAUGAGGUCCAUGUCGUCGGGGUCCACCCCCCCAUAGACCUACACACACAGCCACAGACACAGCCAUGCACCCCUGGCUAGAAUGGAUAUGGAUGCAGUUAGUCUCACCUUCCACUCCUUGAUGUGUGUGGCGCCGUUCCAGCUGAAGUGCAGUGACGCCCUCUCGGCGUCCAACACCAGGUCUGGCAGCGACGACGGCGCACCCCACCAGUCGUACUUCAUGGCGCGAUACGCCAUCCCUGCAGACACACACAGCGAGAGACAAAGAGAGAGAGAAAGACGCGCCUGUACAAGCCAGCCACAUGGGUGGGUGCGUCGUGUUAUAUCGACCGGGGUUGAUUGAGAGUUCCAGGACCUUCUCGCCCUUGCGUGUGACCUCAGUGUAGAAGGGGUGGCUGUCGGGCUCCACACCGGCGAAAUUGACCACCAUGUUGCCGUUAUCCAGAUACUGACAAACACACACACACACACACUGUCCUGUAUGUAUCUGUCUCUCUCUUUCUCUCUGUGUGUGGUCAUCCAUCCCAGAUCCCUACGUCGAAUCCCCCCAUGGCGAGUCCGUAUCUGUCAGGAUCAUGUCGGUAUUCCCAUUUCCUCUUGGCGACCAGCUUCUUCUCGUCAAUCUCGUACUCCACUGCACGCGACCUGUGUGCACACACGCAACACAAGCGCCAUACAUACCCACACAUCCGUCCGUCACAAAUACAUACACACACACCUACCAUGGCGGGUCUCUGCCAUUGCCGUUGUCGAACAGGGAGAGUCUGCCGUCCUCGUGCAGCCUGGAGUCGUGCUGCCACGAGGGGCCGGGAUCCUUCCCAUGGAACGUGAAGUCGCCGUCAGGACCACCUAGCUUCCACAUGAUGGCGCCCGUCUUUCUGUUGAUUUUGAUAACUUGUGAGAGGUGUCGGAGGGAGAUCAGGACGUGGCCGUCGGGCGUCCAGCAGGCCGAGUUGACGCUGAGACAGACAGAGAGGGAGAGAGGGAGGGAAACAGGUGGGUAGCCGGGUGAGCAGGUGAGGUUUGUCUGUCUACUGUAGGUGGUCGAAGAAUCCCCCGUCUGGUUUGUUCUGGGACUUCUCCAAGCCGCCGUGAAGGUGGUCCUGAUGAGGGAAUGCACGGACGGACGGGCACACAGGGCAUGGCACAGACAUGGCAGAGGGCACAAACCUUCACGCACGCAUCCCUUCUCCUCCCCUCUCACCCACGAGUUCCACUGCCACACCAGGUUGUCCUUAUCAUCCAGCUCCUGCACACACCACACCCAUUCCCUGCAUCUGUAUGUGCGUGCCUUCAGAGGGGGCGAGAUAGCUAAUAGCCCAGCCGACCUGUAUGACGAAUCCCAUGACCUUGGUGUGUGGCGAUCCCCCGCGCCACGUCAUGUCCAUGUUCUCACGGUAGUCGUACGCCAGCAGCAGCACCUGCACCGCACACAAUACAGUGGAAGGAAUGGAUGCAUGACACACACUGCACUCGUGUCGUGUGUGUGAGAGGUGGCUGACGUACAUGGUCGUCUUUGCUCAUCUGGAAGUCGUGGUCGUUUGUGAUGUAUCCGUUCUUGGGGAAGAUGUGACGCACCUCCUCAUACGAGUGGUCCAGCACAGACCAACCACCUUGACACACACACACAUCCCUCCCUCCCUCCAUCCAUCCAUCCCUCUGUGUGUGUGUGUGUGUGUGUGUAUCGCAGAGAGGGAGAGGGAGAGGACACCCACCUCUGUCUGAUACGUGUGAGAGCAGCCCGUUCUGCUGCAUCUUGAAGUCUCGCGUCGACCAGCCGUGCCACUUCUCGUUGACGUGGGGGAAACGGUGGUACCUGCACACACACCAAGACACCCACACCACACACACCUCUCCAUCGACGGUGGGUGCAUCAGGUGUCUGUCUUUUGCUGACCAGACGGGCUCUCCAUGCUCGUCGACGAUAGACAGGUACUGAUGCACCGAUAUCAGGGGGUCGCGCAACGGCGCGAAAAUGAUGACACUGCAUGGCACGCACAGCGAGAGAAGCAAGCGCCUACGUAGGCACGGUCGGUCGCCAUGCUCACCCACCCAUCUGCUGUCUUGCCCUUGACGGGGGGCACGAGUACGUCGACAGCGGGGUAGUCGUCGGGCAGCGUCUUGUAGGCCUUGAUGGCCCUCUUCUUGGCAGACGCUGUGGCGUUCUCCAGGAGAGACGACGAGUGAGCGGCUGGUAUGGUAAAUGGACAAGAGAAUGAUGAACAGACACAUAGGCCCGGGUGCAGUGCGUGCAGCGUGACGCAUGCACCUACUUACUUGGCCCUCGUCUGUCGUCAUGGUGUGUGAACAUCGACUCCCUCCAAAAAAAGGGCCGUAUGUCGGUCUCGUCCUCCAUCUCCUCUGCUGCUGCUGCCAUCGUGACAGCCACACCUCUCCCUCCCGCGCCAUUCCCACUGCCCAGGUGGGUCUCCAUCAUGUGCUCGAUGUGCCGCCUUCUCUCGUUAGAGCUGGCGAAAUCUCUCAUGGCGCGGAAAUAGUGCGCCGCUGUCCGUCUUGGCGCGAUGGUGAACUGCCACCAGAAGCCGCCGAGCACCUCAUCAUGAUGCUCCUCUCCGUCUUCUCUCCAUGGGGUUGUCGCGAGAGUGAUGCCCUCCGGCACAGACACAGUCACCCGCUCGCCAGGGACAAAGGCGCCAUCAAUGUCGAGCACAAUCGUGAGGUUGUCGCGGCUGACGGCCAUUGUGGCGUUCCUCGUCCCGCUGUCCUCUCCCUCUAUCGCCACAUGGACAGACUCGUUGACAACCUGUUGGUGCCUGUGCGCGUGAUUAUCGUUAUGGUCGGGCCGCAUGAUAAUGGAGGUGAACGGCGAGACGAAGGUUGCGUCUGGCAGGGGGUGGACGUAGGCGAAAGGGCCUGCGGCGGGGAUGAGGGGGCUGCCGGGUGAGCACCGGAGGACGUCGCAGUCGACGUGGUGAUCUUGGCUGCGGACAAGGGGCGGGAUGAGGAGGGCUGUCAUCGUCAAGAGCAGCGACCCUUCCCGAAGCUGUGGCAUUCUCCCACGCUUUCAGAGGCUUUCUCUCGCAUCGCC